AGGAUGGGAAGUCGCCUGCGAACUGUCAGAAAAUCUGCCAAACUUGAAGGAAAAGGAAAACUAACAGAGGUCCUUAUUAGAAAAUUGACAAAGUAUUAUGGUUUAGCCAUAAGAAGGAAUUCCGAAUCUGUCGAAGAAAUGCAGAAGGCUAUAACGGCCAUUUUUCAUAUGAUUUCCACCGACAAAAAGCCGCUCCAUCAAAACUGUCCCGCAGGAUUUAACUCGUGGUGUAAAUGGCGCAUCGCAGAGGCUUCAGGUGAUGUAAAAAAACACAGACACCCACCUGCACUUCAUCCGGAGGUUCAAAAGAUGAUUCUUCCAAUUUAUAAAGAUUUGUCACGUCUAGAUUUGUUAGAAAGAUGCUUAGGGGGCCAUACGCAGAAUGCAAAUGAGAGUUUUAAUUCCACCGUGUGGCGACUGGUACCUAAGCAUCUAAAUUGCGGCUUCAAAAUUGUGGAAAUUGCUUCCUUCUUAGCUGCUGGAAAAUUUAACGAGGGAUACAAUUUUGUUCUACAAUUAAUGCAAGAGUUGAACUUAGUGAUUGGGCAACAAUGCAAGAUGUUCGCCAACGUGUACGACGCGCAGCGGCUGAAGAGACAACAGCGUCGUAGCUUCAGCAGUACCAGAGAGGCACGAAUUGCAAGGAAAGAAAAGAAUGGGACCUUACUUGAAGAGUUUGAGGAAGAGAAGGGUCUAAUGUAUGGGCCUGGUAUAGCGGAUUAGCAUGAAACAGCUGUAAGUAUCCGAAAACUGUUAUUUAUCUUCACCGAAAACUUUAAACGUGUUUUUCUCGAAACGACGUUUUUCAAAUUGGCGUGCAAUGUAACUCAAAAAGUAUU